AUGUGGGCCCUCAAGUCUCCGCAUCGAUUCCUUGCUCUCGUUGUGAUCACCCUUCUCGCGCUAGCAACCACUACCGUGGCCGCAUCCGCUACCAAACAAGUCGAGUCGACCCAACGCCGACUUGCAACAUCACUCGCCGACGCACCAUCACUGCGACUCCAAUUCACGCUCAAGCGAUCCUCCAUGAAAGUCUACGGACAGAAUCAGUUCUACGUCUUCGCCAACCCUGUUGUGUCCUCCGACAACACCUCCGUGCUCUACGACGGCUACGCCGCAUUCAUGGACGGCACCACCGACUACACCUUCAUGUUGGUGAAUGGCAUCGCCUAUUUCGUCACUUCCACUGCUGGGGAUGCAAGCAGCUCUAGUGCGCAGUGCUUGUCUUCAAGUUUACUGCCACCUCUCAACGACAUCAUCUCGGCGCUUAACGAUGUUACUGCCAUCUCAAGUGCGGCAGCAGGCAACGACACGAUCACAUGUGCGAGCGGUAACCUCUUCCAAGCCACCCUCGGCGACGCAACCUUCGUCAUUUGCUCGUCCGGGUCGGAUGGUUUUACCAUCUACGGCAGUGACCUGGACAUCAGCGUCGAGUACUUGGACAGUCCGGUUACCAUCAACGCACCGACGGUUAGCGGUGACGCAGCCCUGUCCUGCGAGACAGUUGUGACUGCCACCACCGUCUCGGAUACGGCUCUUGCUCUGUUAACCGGCCAGACCAUUUCGUCGUCGACCCGCCGUAAUCUCCAGUCCGGGACGACCACGACUCUGGGCGCUUCGUCUUGCUCUUGCCAGUCAGCUCGACGCCCAUGCAUCUUCUUCCACGGUCUUGGUCAGAGCUCUGAGCAGAGUACGCUGCAGACAAAGUCCAGCUACUUUGGUGAUCUCUCGAAAAAUGCACCUUGCUGCUCCUCCAUUAAAUACGCGCAAUUGAACACAGUGAGCAGCUCGUGGACAGACGCUACACUUCAGCAGAAGGUGUGCAACUUCGCCAUCUCUGUAAGCAGCACGAGCAGCUCGUCGUCGAAGACUAUCGCAGACACCAUCAUUGUGACGCACUCAAUGGGCGGUCUCAUGAUGGCUGGUGCGUUGGCGAACGGGCGAUGCAAGUUCGCAUCGAGCACUACUUGGGUCAGUUUGAGCGCACCUAUGACCGGAAGCAUGGGUUCUGACUACCUCCAGAAUGCUUGCAGCGGCAGCAAUGGUUUCCUUCAGGCUGUAGCCAACCUAAUCGGUCAGUGUCCUGCGAAUAACGCUGUUCUCGGGCUUGCGUACCAGAACGAGGCACACAGCACUUCGGCUUUGAACUCGGCGUAUGUCGCGGCCCAGUCUGCUUUCCGCUCAAAUGUCGAUGCCGCAAUGUGCAGCGAUAACUACUCGGGCCUCCUUUCAACGGAUCAGAUUGUAUACAAGCUGGGGGGAUCCUUGAUCCCGCACAAGUCGCAGGAAAAUGACGGUAUCGUUGAGUACAAAAGCUGCGCUGGAGGGCUAUCCACAUCCAAGUUCGGCAAAACCUAUGACGAUACGUUCUACGUGACCGGUCUCAACCACGCUGACACUGCUUUCCGCCAUGGCGACGCUCUCGUUGUGAACUCGCAGAAACCGGUGAAGUGGUUUGAAUGCUUGCUGUAA